CUAGCUUGCACAUCCUAGUAAGCUAAUACUACUGUACCUGCCGUCUUUCUCGUCAAUUUACCAACCCAUACAGUAGAACCGCCUCUCGAGUGCUAUCGCUGCCGGGCCGAUUAUGGCUCUCCUUCUGCCGCCAUCAGCGUCGGGCAGCGGUUCGCUCUUCCCCGGAACAGGCUCGAGCAACCCUCUCGCCGACCUGCUUCGAUCGCCCGAUGACCUCCUCAAACUAUCCGCUCACCGGAAGAAGCUGCUCAAAGAAAAGGCUCAGAUAGAUGCUCGACUGAAUGAAUGUGUCAAGACGCAAUUGGAGGAGACGAGGGACGGGUUGAGACGGCUCGUCGAAGCGAGGAAUAGCGUGGGGAGGUUGAGAGAGGAGAUGAUCGGGAUCGAGCAGUUGAAGGAUGCCGAAUCGACACGGAAAGAAGGGUUCGAGGUGUAUGCCAAGAUCAGUAAGGUCGCCAACAUUCACCGCAACCUGAAUCAGACGGCGCAGAUCGUCAAGAACCUGCAAUCCAUGUCGGAACGAGUCGCCAAUCUCGACGCCCUCUUGACAUCCGACCAAUCACAUCCUCUCGGUCCUUGCGGUCCAUCACCCAAUCUCCUGGCCAUACAUUAUCAGCUCCAGCAGCUCGAGGCCUUUCGGAACGAGACGCUGCAUCAAGCCAAGACGUCGGCCUCGGCCGCCAAGGGAGAACAGGGGCAGGAAGACCGGAGAACGUUGGUCAGGUGGUUCGAGAGGUUGGACGAUCUGGGGAACAGGUUCGAAGAGUGGUUAUGGGCGAUCGCGAGCAAUAUACUGGAGACCGUCAGGGAGGGGAACGGGGGCACGAUCGUCAGGCUGCUCAAGAUCAUCGAGGUCGAAGGCAAGGAGGAUCAAAAGGCGGUCGCCCUCCGUCUAAUCCGUAAAGUCGCCAACGCCGACUCUGCCAUGCGUACCCGUUCCAUGCAAGCCAACGCCCGUCUGAUCAAAAACUACCGUCACAAGCUCAUGGACAAGAUCACCGAGUCGGUCCGUAAAUCUUUCAACGACGCCGAGAUCCAGGCUACGGAUGGGGUCGGGUUCUUGGAGGACCUGACGUGGAUGUUCAAGGAUCUCGACCGGAUCGAGACGGACGUUAGACCGCUCUUCCCCGAGGACUAUAACGUUUGGGAGUUUUACGUCAAGGCGUACCAUACACGGUUGAACGAGGCCUUGAACGGGAUCGUAAAGUCCAACCCCGAGGCGAGGGUGCUGUUAAAGAUGCACGCGUGGAUCAAGGAAUAUCGAGGGGUGAUGAAAGAGUUUGAAGUCCCCGGGGCUUGGUUACAACCGGCUCUGCUGGAUGGAAAGUCUCAGGACCUGAUCGAAGACUACGUGGCGCUCAUCGUCGACAAGUUUGAUAAAUGGACGAUCAACCUGAUGAAGACGGAAAACAGGGAUUUCACCUCUCGAGACGCUCCACCAGAGACGGACCCGGAUGGGACGUACGUCUUGCAGUUCGCAAUGAUCAUGUUUCAAAUGGCCAACCAGCAGGUCGAUCUGGCUGCCGAUUCGGGUCAGGGGGCCGUGCUCGCCCGAGUCGUCGCGGAGAGCGCGAAGGUGAUGACUUCCUGUCAGACCCAAUGGCUCAAGAUCUUGGAGAGGGAAUUCGACAAGCAAGUCAGGUUGCCGGAAUCCACCCCGCCGGGGUUGGUCGAGUACGUCGUCGCGCUCGCCAACGAUCAGCUCAAGGCGGCCGAUUACGCCGAAGCCAUGUCGGCCAGGCUAGAACCGCUCGUCUCUGAAAAGUACCGUCAGGUCAUUUCUGAACGUCUGAACGCUGCCAUCGACGGGUACCUGGACGUUGCCAAGAGGUGCAUCCAGACCUUGAUCAGUUUGAUCUUCAACGACUUGAAGUCUGUGACCAAGGCGCUGUUCACCUCGCCGACAUGGUACACGGAACCCUUGAUGGAACAGAUCGUCGAGACGAUGAAAGACUAUACGCAGGACUAUCGGGGUCACUUGAACCCUGCCAUCUUUGACAUUCUCAUCGAAGACAUGCUCGUCCAGUUCCUCUCCACCUACCUCAACGCGCUCCGCAAGGUCCAACCGAGGGGGAUCAAGUUGCCUACAGCGGUAUCCAAGAUGAAGUCCGAAAUCUCGCAAGUGUUCACCUUUUUCGCCGAAUACAAGAAACAGGACGACGUCAGCGGCGAAUUCGAAGUGAUCGACAUGAUCAUCUCGAUGUUGCAGGCGACCCCCGACAUGGUGUUCAUGGACUAUUGGGCUUUCGCGGCGAAACAUGGACCGUGCUUGCCCUUUAUCGAGGCGGUACUGAGAGGGAGGGACGAUUGGGACAAGACGACGGUAGGAGAGGUCUUGGACACGUUGAAGAGGAAGAUCAGGGAGGAAGGGAUCGGGGAACCGGAAGAACCGACGAUCAUGGUCCGGGUGGAGAACCCGAACGAGAGCUUGUUGACCAACUUGACGAACAAGGCGGCUGCUUAUGCGGGACCUUUGGCGGCGAGCGCGUUUGCUGUCCGGGGAUGAUCGCGAUAAUCACGAUGCAGGCUGGUGCGGAUGGCCAUUUAAUGUGCUGAAUUGGAAGGUGGUGUUGUACGAUGUUGGUCGAUUGUUGUACAAGUAGAUGAUGAAACGAUCACCGGGCGGAUGGUACUUUCGCUCGGCCACGCGAGUGACACGACGCGACAUCGCAAGGAGGCG